AUGCCUCCGGCACGUCUGCCAGCAGUGACAUCUCAGCCUGGUUCAGGCGCCGGUCGCCAAUCAUCGACUAUCCACUCCACCAGUCCUGUCGUCAGACUGAGUGACGCCGCCGUCCUUAGCGUAGAGCUCACCGGCCUGGAAGCCAUUACCCUAAGGGGAAACCACUCUGCCUCGAUCCAUAUUCCCUACCACUGGGAUCCAACCGACCGGCCGAUAAUACUCCGCUCCCAUGUACUCCGGCUUAAGUAUCGGCCCUAUCGUCUAGAGGAUGGAUACUGGCAGCUUUGGGAGAAUGAAUGUCCCGAGUUAUUCCUAGAUGGCCCUGAUAUCACGGUGAGAGUGGCGCAGGAUGGGGAUAUCGUGGCUCUGAGGCCGGGGGAAUGCUGGAGUGACUCUUGGGGGACCCUAGAGGAGAUCGAUCACUGGGAAGUUGGAGAUACAUGGCGGUAUUGGUUCAAGGGUGGUACGGUCGAUUAUGGGGGAGCGGAAGAACAUGUCGACACGACUGUCAAGGUGCCACCGCAUCCUUGGGGGAGGGUUACUGGACCAGCGGAUAAUGGGGGUCAGCCUCAGCUUGUUAUACCUGCGUCAAAUGCGAUUGAAUCUCGCAUUGUAGAGGAACGAAACAUGGUCUGUACUCUCAGGGGCUCUUGUUGCAAUGAAACGAGCAAACGAGUCGGGGGAUGA